GGGGAUUCAGUCCCUGGGCUGAACAGAGAAGUGUGGCCCCUGUGACCAUCAGGAGCACGGCUUCCUCCUUCCUCUCUCGGAGGCUGCCCUCUGGCAUGCUGGUCUUGAAGGCCUUCCAAGGAAGGGUUAUGGCAGUAACCUGGGGGUCCUUGAGGUUGCUCCAGCCACCUGGGUUGAGGGGAUCCCUUGGCCCAGACCCCACUAGGCAGACUCAGGAUGGUUGCCACGACAGCUGGAUCUCCUUUUUGUCUGCAGAUGGCUCAGGCUGCCCAGUGGGCUCAGGCCCAGAGCCCAGAGCAACCAGCACAAUAGCGUCCAACAGCUGGAAUGCCAGCAGCAGCCCCGGGGAGGCCCGGGAGGAUGGGCCCGAGGGCCUGGACAAGGGGCUGGACAACGACGCGGAGGGCGUGUGGAGCCCGGACAUCGAGCAGAGCUUCCAGGAGGCCCUGGCCAUCUACCCCCCCUGCGGCCGCCGCAAGAUCAUCCUGUCGGACGAGGGCAAGAUGUAUGGUCGAAAUGAGUUGAUCGCACGCUAUAUUAAAUUGAGGACGGGGAAGACUAGGACGAGAAAACAGGUGUCCAGCCACAUACAGGUUCUAGCUCGGAAGAAGGUGCGGGAGUACCAGGUUGGCAUCAAGGUCUCUAGCCACUUGCAGGUUCUAGCCAGGCGGAAGUCUCGGGAGAUUCAGUCCAAGCUGAAGGCCAUGAACCUGGACCAGGUCUCCAAGGACAAAGCCCUCCAGAGCAUGGCGUCCAUGUCCUCUGCCCAGAUCGUCUCUGCCAGCGUCCUACAGAACAAGUUCAGCCCACCCUCCCCUCUGCCCCAGGCCGUCUUCUCUACUUCCUCACGGUUUUGGAGCAGCCCCCCUCUCCUGGGACAGCAGCCUGGACCCUCUCAGGACAUCAAGCCCUUUGCACAGCCAACCUACCCUGUCCAGCCGCCCCUGCCGCCGACGCUCAGCAUGACACAAGGAAAAACCUGCUGGUGUACAUUACUGAGGCCACAGCACACGGGGGUGCAGGUUCCGCACUGCACAAGGACACCUGGCAAAGGAGUCAGAAUCCAUCCUGUGUUCCCAUCCAAAAGCAGGGCCGUCUUCCAACUGGCACACAGGCCCUGUGCAGGUGGGGGCAGCUCUAUUAUAGCCGCACAGCACCCCGUGCAGACCAGGGUCCAUCUCGUCCUCCCAGGUUACGAGCCCCUGGCCCCGCUCCCCUCCGCUGCUGCCUCUGUGCCCGUGUGGCAGGACCGCACCAUCGCCUCCUCCCGGCUGCGGCUCCUCGAAUACUCCGCCUUCAUGGAGGUGCAGCGAGAUCCUGACACGUACAGCAAACACCUGUUUGUGCACAUCGGCCAGACGAACCCCGCCUUCUCAGACCCGCCCCUGGAGGCAGUAGAUGUGCGUCAGAUAUACGACAAGUUCCCCGAGAAGAAGGGUGGCCUGAAGGAGCUCUAUGAGAAGGGGCCCCCCAACGCCUUCUUCCUCGUCAAGUUCUGGGCCGACCUCAACAGCACCAUCCAGGAGGGCCCAGGCGCCUUCUAUGGGGUCAGCUCCCAGUACAGCUCGGCCGAUAGCAUGACCAUCAGCGUCUCCACCAAGGUGUGCUCCUUUGGCAAGCAGGUAGUGGAGAAGGUGGAGACCGAGUAUGCCAGGCUGGAGAACGGGCGCUUUGUAUACCGCAUCCACCGCUCGCCCAUGUGCGAGUACAUGAUCAACUUUAUCCACAAGCUCAAGCACCUGCCAGAGAAAUACAUGAUGAACAGCGUCCUGGAGAACUUCACUGUCCUGCAGGUGGUCACCAGCCGGGACUCCCAGGAGACCCUGCUCGUCAUUGCUUUCGUCUUUGAAGUCUCCACCAGCGAGCACGGAGCCCAGCACCACGUCUACAAACUCGUCAAAGACUAGGGUGCCCUCGGCCCCCACCACCACCACCACCGCCGCCAGGAUCCAGGACGAGUAUCUUUCCCACACGCCUGCCUGGUCCCCCUGGCCCCAGGGAUCCAGGAUGGAGGACCUGGAGGCCUCCCCACCCACCCCUGCACGUCCACUCCCUGCCACUGUUCUGCGCUUUCAUUGAAGGAGGAGAGAGGCGGGGCUUAGUGCCGGGGCAGCCCGGCCGGACAUCGACCACCAUCACCAGCUCUGCCCAGCCUCGAAAGACUGGGAGGACGCCUUCCAGCUCAGGGGUGCGUGGCUGCUGACCUUUCAGGGGACUGUGGUUGGCGAGGAGCUGGAUUGCAGAGGCCCCGGACAGGGAUCGUGUUGGGAAGAGAGAGGGCCUACUCUUUCUGUGUGCCUGUGGUGUGCCAGGCCUGGGGCAGGCCCCCUCAUGCCAUCCUCAGACCCUGAAGGGUGAGAGUGGGUCUCAGUGUCUCCGUCGAGGGACCCGGGGGAGAGGUGGGCAAGUUGGGAGUCCUCCCCCGGGUCAGCCUGUCCCUAAAGCCCAGGUUUACACUACCUCCUUGGGGUGGGGGCUGGCCACAGGGGCCAGAGGGAGUCUGAGCUGAAGGGCCAGGGUGGCUGGGUGGGUGUCCAGACAGACCCCAGGGCCCUACCAGCCUGCAGAUCCAGGCCCCGGGGGCUUCCUGGUCAGGUCCAAGCUGCCCGGCCUGGCCCGGUCCCAGGACCCCCUGAGAAGCCUCCCUGUAGGCUCCCAGGGGCAGGCCCUGGCUCCAAAACAGGCUGAAGGGUCAGGUCCAAGGAUGGAGUCCCAGCCCCCGGGGAAUACCCGUGGCCCAGGGACAGCGGGCAGCAGAAAGGUUUGACAGUUUCUCUUGCCUAAGACUUGCAUCUGGUGGUGAACCCUUGGGGGACGCCGUUCUCUUCUGUUUUCCCCACCUCGGUCUCUGGCCUGGAGCGGCGGCUCCCCGCACCCAGACUUGGGACUGUUGGUUAUCCCUCCCUGUCACCCAGGCCCCUCCGCCUCCAGCCGCCGCCCGUGGGUAUUUAUGAGUUUCAUAUGAAGUACUGUGCCCCUUCCUUCCGCCGCCCCUGAGCUUCCUGAAGGUCCUCACAGUUUGCAUAUUGCUCAGGCCACCUCCAAACCCAACCUAGGUUUUAUAAUGUAUAUUAUAUAUUUUUUGUGUAUUUUUUAAAAUCCAGCUGUGAUGGGUUAUAUCAUACAUGUGGCACAAGGCUGGGGCAGAAGGCCUGAAGGCCCGGCUCCUGCUUAAAAAAAAAAAAAAAUUAAAGUUAUUUGUUUGUGGGCUA